CGCCGCCGCUGCGUUUUCUUCGCGUUAAAGUGCACGUAUAAAAUCAGACGGUGAUAUUUGCAUGUACGAGUUGCGUCGCGCGGUGUACCGUGAAAUACGCGUGUGUUUUUUGGAUCGCGAACGCUAACAAGUGUAGCAUACAGACGGUCUAACGUCGGCCGCAGUACAAGGGUUGAACGCGAGUGGCAAUAUACUAGAGUGAACAGACAUCUGUGCGCGUAUUAUACCCGCAGAGAUUCGAGGAGCAGUGACAGCGUACACAAUGUCUUUCAGUACUCGUACAUCGGUGGCACGCCCGACUGUGUGGCAACGGCAGCUAACUUCUGUGAUAUCAGGACUACGACUGUACAUGCUUUUAUUGGUGUUCUCUACGAUCUUGCCAAGCGGAAUGGCCGCAUCGCGAUCGUUGGUCUACCUGCAGCACAACGGCUACAAAAACCUGCAGGUCGCCGUGGACGAGAGCGUGGAAGAAAGCGAGGAGAUCAUCGCUCGAAUUAAGGACAGCCUUACGGACGCAUCGAGGUUCUUGUACACAGCCACAAGGAAACGCGCGUACUUUGAAGACAUCAGCAUUCUCGUUCCGAAGACGUGGAGCGAUCAGCCAGAAUACCUCCCGGCGUCGACGGAAACCAUGGCAACUGCGGACAUCAGGGUCGACUAUCCUGACAUCGAAAUGUUCCAACCGUUUGUUUACAAUCCGAAUCCUUGCGGCAAGCAAGGCGAUUACAUGCUGUUAAAUCCACACUACCUAAUGAACGACAGCAUGGUGUUAGGACCACACGCUAAGGUGAUUGUACAUGAGUGGGCGCAUCUACGGUGGGGUGUGUACGAUGAGUAUCCAGGAGGGAAAAAUAGCCCUCGCGUAUAUGCUUCCAAAGGAGGAGACUUCACCGGAAAUCGAUGCUCGGCGGCUAUAAAAGGAAGGUUAGUGAAUCUGAUCACUGGGGGUAAGUGUCACGUCAUCGGGAAUCGACCGCCGUCGUAUUGCGUGUGGCAGGAUGAAGACGGUGGCAAGCCCGCUGGGUCCCUCAUGUAUAGACAAUAUCUUACUCAGAUUGAUGGGUUUUGUGACAGUGAUGAACUUGCGAGACGCGAUCAGUACCACACUCUUGAAUGUUCCUAG